UUUUGGAUAAUUUAAUAAUAAUUGUUUUAGAAAAUGGAAAGCUCACUUGAAUUCGAAGAUCCUUUUGGGGGAGUAUCUUUUUGACAAGAUCAAGACUCCCUUGACUUUGGAGGAUUUUCUUUGCCAGACAACAUGGAGAAGGAGCCCCAUUCAGCAGAGAUGACAAACUAUCUGGAUAGCACAGUUGUCCAGCAGGAAUCCAAGGAGGAGGUGAAAUCUUCCUUCGUUUUGAGCGCUCAACAUAUCACUUCUGAGAAAGGAGAACCUGAGAAUUUUUUAGACCCGUCAGAAUCUUGUCUUUAGCGAAGAAGAUUCUUCUGCUGUGCGUUUGGUGACUGAAGAGGAAAGUAUGCAGAAUGACUCUCCUCUUACAAUACCAACCUUCUAUUUUCCUGAUUUGCCAAAAUCUAGUAUAAAGUCGGAUAGGUUUCAACUAUCUGAGUAUAUUCUCAAAACAUAUUCAAGAUUAAGGAAAAAACAACAAGAGAUUGAUGAUGCCACCUUUGCUGAACAAGGGCCUGGAAGGAAGAGAGCCAACCCGUAUAGAACCACUCAGCAGCUCCAGGAGUUCAUCUGGAAUAAUUUCUAUGAAGGAUUAGAAAAGAUGUGUCUUGACAAAAAGAUGAGGCCAGAUGCUUUCUCUAUUAAGUUCAUAAGGUUUGUCACUAAGAUUCCUUAUGCUCUUAUCAGAAAUUGUUCUUCAAUUAGUAUAUAUAAGAAACCAGAGAUGGAGUCUUAUAUUUUUAGCUUCUUAGAGAGUUUCAUGUCGUUUACAAGUCUCACUCAUUAUCAUGAGUGUAACAUUGUCGAAUCAUUCUGUGAAUACUGAAUGAUUUAUUUCCCUAUUCCUAAAUGCCAGAAGAUCAUUCAGGCUUUAGGGGAUGAAGACUACGACGCUAACUUUUGCAAGAAGCUAGAAAGAAUACUAUUGAACAGAGACAGCACUACCAAAAAAGACAUCAAAAAGUACAUGAAAGAGUCAAUCCCAUGGAAAAUUAUUUUCUCGCUUACAAGAGAAGUUCUAAAAGAACCCAAUUUUCCAAGAAACAACUCAUCAAGAUCCUUAAGAAAGUUUGUUGAAGACUUUCUGGGAUAAAAAUCUACUUCAUUUUACCUAAAAAUUUAACAAAUAA